CUGUAGCUACGGCCUCUAGCAAAAGCUAGUCAAACGAUCGCUAUCGCAUCAUUUCCACCAUGGCGGCGUCCAUGUGAAACCGCAGUGAGCAUGUUCUCGAUCGGCUAGCAGGCGCAAAACAACAAUUUUAUUAUUACUUGCGUGUUUGUCUUUAUAAAAACUGCAAGCAUGAGACUUACAGAUGUGCUCCUUGGCGUUUUCAAAAGGCGGGGAUUCGGUGGCCCUCGAUUCCAUUUCGUGAAAAGUCAAAGACCAACAGGGAAAUACAGACCCGUCCCUCCAGUCACAUCAACAAUGAAGAUUGAACUCUGGAAGAAGCUGGCAAUAGAAGAGGAGACAAUGAUGUAUCUGAGUCGGCCAUUCCUAACCACUGAGGAAGAAAAGCACAUGCCAAAAGAAUUCAUCAAGCGCAGGCUUCGGAAGUAUGAUUAUUUCCCAGUAAAGCAACGGAAACCCCUGAAGAGCCUGUUUGCUGCAGAUCUAUUGUCACACCUAAAUGUUGGCCGGCAGUGGGAAGAGUAGCUCUGUAUCAUUACAA